AUGAAUCUUUCUAAGGCCGAGUGCGAAGCAAUCUUCUCAGAAACAUUUGAGCGUAAUUUCUCGGUCAGUAUCAACGGCGAGCACCACGUGAAAAAAAAAUGCGUAUUGAACGCUCUUCUUUUAUGUAUUGCUGAUUUAGAGAAGUUGGCACCAUCAAUCUACAUCUGGCUUCCAAACUGGUCUUUCGCAGUAGAAGCGAACCCCAAUCACAAGACAAUCGUCAUGACAGAAAAAAUACAUGAUCAACAAUAUAAAAUCAAAAUAAAGUCAAAGAAGCUCGAUAUUAUCGAUGCCUGGAAUGCUAAAAUGCUUUCAUACCUAGAAACCUUUAGAGACAUUGAGUUUGGAAACGCCCAAUUCCCCGUCAAAGGCACGGUCGAUGGAAAGGCCCUCCAAUUGAAGCUCAUGAUGACACCGUACGAAUUCACUGUUACUGACCGUGAAGGAAAUGUCAUGUUCGAAGCAGACCGUGACGAAAAUACAAGGAUUCAUAUUCCUGAAGAUCACACUGCAAGAAUGCAGCUGCAAAACGAUUACAAAUCAAUUACAGUCAAAUUUGCUGAAGAUGUCAAGCUCGGUGUCGCUUUACUUAUUUGCAAUUCCAAAGUUCCAGAAGUUCCAGUCCAAACUCUCAUCUCAAUCGAUGAUGUUGAUGUUCCAGAGCUCAACAUGUCACUCUCCGAUUUUGCACCAAUUCUCGAUAACCCAGGAAUGGAAAGUUCGAUGAUGAGCAUGGGAUCAAUGGCCAGCAUGCCGUCUCUUAUCGGACAAUCCGAGAGCAACUUCAUCAUGAAGGAUUUGGCCGAAAUUCGUGACGAAAGAAAGAAGAAGAAAGGAAUGAUUAUUGAUGACACAGAUCCAGAAGUUAUCAGAAAGAACUUGGACCGCAAGUAUCGUCAGUUGGUCAAGAAGAUCACAAUUGCUCAAAGCAAUGAUCCAAACGAACAACUUGAUUUACUUGCAGCAAAUCGUAAGGUUCCAAAGCUCACAAAGCAGCCAGCUGACAUGUAUGAGUUCCCAGAUUCCGAAAUGGGUGCUCCUCUCUUCCAGAAUACCGAUCCAAUCUACAUGGAAACGAAACCAUUAACUCAUGAGGAGCCAAUCAACCUUUUUUACGAAUUCAACUUCGAUUCAGCUGUCCAGAGAUUGAAGAGACUUCCAGAAAUGAAAGAUUUCGAAGCUCCGGACAAAAAAGACGCGAUGCCAUUUACAGAACUUGUUAAGACCAUUAUCCAUAACACAGAAUGGGCCGAACGUCCUCUCUGUGCUGCUGGUAUCCUCUUACAAGGCAGAAAAGUCUCUAUUGAAGAGCUUUACAAGAAUUUGAAUGAAGUUUCGUUCUCUAUCUUCGAAAUUCAAAAGAUCCUUCGCGAAAUGAAGGUUACAAAUGAAGAAGAGUGCGUUCUUAUGUUCAAUGCUCUCUUCAAAGAAAAUCUCGUAUACAAUUUUUAUACAACCUUAGAAACAUCAAUAGUCUUCAAACGCGAUACUUACGAAUGCGAUGCUCUUGUCGUAUGUCCUAAUUUCUGCCUUGAAGUCGGUUCUCUUUUCGAUUCUCCGGUUAUGGAUUGCAAAUACAAGACUUUACCAUUCGCAGCUGACAUUAUUCCACAUGUACGCAUUGCCAACUACAUGCGCGAGAUGAAGACAUCCAAAUACGUUGAUUGCAUCGAGCAAUCAGAGACUGAUGAGAUUAUGCCACUCGACAGGAUUCUUUUCGCUCUUGUUUACCUUCUUGGCGAUGGACCUGAUACACAGCUAAGAAAUAUCUGGUUCAAUAUCGAAAAAGAUGAAAAGAUUGAGAAAGGUGUCAUUUACGGUGUAACUCCUGAACAAAAGGCUGUUUAUUUCCUUCUCGAUCUCAUCAGAAAGAACAAAUUAUCACACCACAUAAUUUACGCCAUGGAAAAUUCGAGAUAUUCAGAACUCGCACAAGAAAUGAUUUAUACUGCUGACCAGGUUAUCGAUUUGAACAAGAUUCUCGAGUUCAAGGAGAAUGACAAAUUUGCUGAGAAUACAGCUAGACAUAUUCUUCAAUUAUUUGAUGGAUUUAAUAAAUGA